AUGCCCUACAAGCGAAACCCCAUUCGAUGUGAACGGGCCUGUGCUCUCGCCCGCCUCCUCAUGGCCCAGGCCGCCCCUUGCCUGGCUACCGCCUCCGUUCAGUGGCUCGAGCGCUCACUUGACGAUUCGGCCAUCCGACGUAUCGUCCUGCCUGAGGCCUGUCUAGCUGCCGACGCCUGUCUGUCCAUCCUUCAGAACGUGUUUGAGGGCCUUGUGAUCUACCCAAAGGUUAUCGAAAGGAAUUUGCUGUCCGAGCUCCCCUUCCUGGCCUCAGAGCGUAUCAUUGUGCGUAUGGUCACCCUGACACAGGCCAAUCGUCAGGAAUGCCACGAGCGCUUGCGCACACAUAGUCAGGCUGCUGGCGCAGUAGUCAAGAUGGAGGGCAAACCCAAUGACCUGGUCGCCCGGUUAAUGGCCGACGCGUAUUUCAAACCUGUGCACGCAGAACUGGAGCAACUGCUUGAUCCGAAAGCCUUCAUAGGCCGAGCUCCUGAGCAGGCAAGCUUUGCAUAUAGAUGUAUCCUCUUGGUGCUAGCUUCUGUGAACGAAUUCUUGUCAGACGAGGUCACACCGGCAAUCGAACCGUACGCAACUAUGCUCGGCGAGUCCUCUAUGCUGUCCGUCUAG